GCUUUUGUGAAAAAUAUCCAAAGUUGAGGCAGGAGAUAUCGAAUCGAAUGUCCCAAUACGUCGUCGUUGGGAGCGGCCUUACCACCAAAAUUGAUGCGGGGAUACGGGGUUUUUCCGUUUUUGCAUAAACCCUAAAUUCCUUUUUCAAGACAUUUCUACUUGAACGUGGAAGCCCUGUCUCCGAUCAAAUGAGAGCUUGUGCAUUCGUUUCAGAGAUAUGGAGGAAGAAACAAGUGAAUUUGAGUAUAUUGAGGUGCUAUGGAGAAUCUCGCCAUCUUCAUUCCAGCUAUCGUUUCGUUCAAUUGCCGUUUAACGCGAGUCAGGUGGUAACAAACCAAACGUCUAUGUUCCAUAAUUCUCUUAUUGCUUCUUCUAUUCAACAGUGUAAAUUUUUCUCAUUUGCAUCUUCUCAAACUAAUGAAAAUGAGACUGCUCAACCUGCGAAUAAGCCAGAAGCUACUAUGGAGACAAAUAACGCUUCUCAAACAGAACAUCCUGACAAGAAAGUGGAUUCGGGUGCCACUGAUGUAUCCCAAUCUGUCAAAAAAAGGAGAAGAGGGACGAAUUAG